UAUACCGUGCUUAUUUCUAGUGAUACAAAGUUUAUUCAAAUUAUCGAUAAUGCGCAAGAAGCAUCUCAUAAGGAGUGUUGUUUAUGAAAUUGCUGACCUGUGGCCAGAAUGGGAGGAAAACCUGGAGAAGAAAGAGAUAAUGGACUACUGGGUCUCUCGCAACAAACUGAUAUGCAAUUCAUUACUCAAGCUUACUAUAAUCGGCAUAAUAAUUUACAACGGAAUUUCCCUCGUCAUAUACUUAAUCCUGCAAAUCCUGCAUAGAGAUCCCGACUAUGUUUUCGCUUUUGCAAUGUACUAUCCGUUUGAGAUCGACUCUAUGUGGAAAUAUCUGGCGGUAUAUUUGAUGCAAAUGUUAGCAACAACAGCGAUUUACGAAGGCAGCUACCAGUCCUGCGAUAUGUUCCUAUUCUCACUAACGAUGAACGCGUGCAUGCUCUUUCGUCUUCUCCAGUACGACCUAGUGAAUAUAACUGUGGAGCACCGAGGACCAAGAGCUGAUGAGUCGCUGGAAAACCUUAAAAAUAUAGUUAGGAGACACCAAAGAAUUUUGAAAUUAGCAGGACAAAUAGAUGAAAUAUUUGGUGCUAUUUUGUUUAAUGUGAUGGUCUUCUCUUCUCUGAUUAUUUGUUUCUUUGGGUUUCUUAGUAUAAGCAGUGGAGUCGCAGAAGCCGCUUAUGGCAGCCAAUGGUACAACAGCGAUCUAAGAUUUAGGAAGAUCAUAUUUAUAAUCAUUGCAAGGUCACAAAAACCAUGCAAGUUACGAGCAAUGGGAUACGCCGAUAUAAACUUCGAGACAUUUUAUAAGAUUUGUGGCUCAACCUGGUCUUAUCUGUCAGUAGUAAAUCAAAUGUACCAAAAAACACUUUAAAAGCUGAAAUUCUACAGUUUCAACGAGUGACAAUUCUUAUUUAUUAGUAGCAAAAGUAACUUAUUACCAAGUUAGUAAUAGCCGCACACUUUCCUGUAUGUUUUGGCAUAAAGUAUACUCACAAAUUUCUAGCUUUCAGGAUUUUGAAUUAUGUAGAGCUCC